AUGCCCUACCCCGUUGUCGCACGUCCUAGAUCUCAUGUGCGCACCUCUGCGCCCGCGCGUGUCUGUGCUGCGCGCCCCUUCAGGUUCCGCCCAUCCUUCAACGUCGCGCCCGGCACCUUUCUGCCCGUCGUCCGCGCCGCCGCUUCCGCCUCCCCGUCCGCCUCCCCGCACGCUGCUUCCGCUUCCGCCAAGCUGGCCCCUGCGGAAGCGGAAGGAGCUGCGGAGAGCUGCGCGGAGGCGGAAGAGGCGGACGAGGAAGGACGCGCGCAGGAGGAGGUUGUAGGGGAGAGGGGGAAGGCAGGAGAAGCGGAGCAGGAAGAGCAGGCGGAGGAAGAGCGGGGGGAGCAGGCGGAGGGCGAGCGGAAGGUGCAGGCGGAGGGGGAAUGGCAGAAGCAGGCGGAGGGGGAGCGGGGGGAGCAGGCAGGGGAAGAGCGGGAGGUGCAGGUGAUGAAGUGGGGGCUGGUGCCGUCGUUCUGCAGCAAGACACAGCCGCCCGACCACUUCCGCAUGUUCAAUGCGCGCUGUGAGUCGCUGCACGCCAAGCCGUCCUUCCGCCGCCUGCUGCCCUCGCAACGCUGCGUUGUGCUGCUGGAGGGAUUCUACGAGUGGAAGAAGGAAGGUUCCAAGAAGCAGCCGUUCUACAUCCACAUGAGCGAUGGCAGGCCGGUGGUGAUGGCUGGGCUGUUUGACUGCUGGCGCAACGCGGAGGGAGACCGACUGUUCACCUUCACGAUAGUCACAACAGCAGCAUCACAGCGCCUGCAGUGGUUGCAUGACCGCAUGCCUGCCAUCCUGCCAUCGCAGCACCACAUUGCCGCAUGGCUGCACGGCAAGCUCUCAGGGCCAGACGCCAUCGCCCACCUCUGCUCGCCCUACAACCACCCCGACCUGGUGUGGCAUGCAGUGACACCUGAGAUAGGCAAGCCGUCCUUCAACGGCCCGCAGUGUGUGCAGCCGAUUGCAUUGAAGCCGGCGCUCUCAUCCACCCCAAUCACUCAGCUCUUUGCCCGCAAGAGACAAAAAACGCCACCCACUGAUGCGGUGGGCACAGGAGGGGUGGACAAACAGGAAGCAGAGGCAGGAGGAGGUGCAUUGGAAGAAGGGCACGGAGUGAAGGGCAAGGAGGGGGGCAGUGGAGAGGAGGAGGUACAGCUGAGUGCGGUGCAGGAAGCACCAGUGGAGGGUAGGGCAGGGGAGGAUGAGGGUGAUGGGGCGAGUGAGGAGCAAGCCAAGGGUGAUGGGGCGAGUGAGGAGCAAGCCAAGGGUGAUGGGGCGAGUGAGGAGCAAGCCAAGGGUGAUGGGGCGAGUGAGGAGCAAGCCAAGGGUGAUUCCAGUGGCAGUGGCAAUGAGACACAAGAGGGUGCUGGUGAGCAAUGCAGUGAGAGAGGCGCGGUUGAAGAGCUGGUACCUGUGACCCCUCUUCCUCAGGAUAUGCGUGUCCACACAUCCCAGUCUUCCUCACAGUCCGAGCAGCAUCCACCAGCUCCUGCGUCUGCUCCCCCUGUUGCUGCGAUCGUCACUUCUUCCAAGCUGGGAUCUCCUGUGCCGACAAAACGACAUGCUAAAGGAUCGAAGGGUUCGAGAAUGGCGCCUAAGCCCAGGGCGAGCCCGGUCGUGAAAGCGACGACGGCAUCGGAGGGCGAAUCGAGCGAGAGACGAACAGACGCGGGCCUUGCGGGGGAACGACCCGCGCAGACCGCGCGCGGGGACGGAUCGGUGCGGAGGGCAGCAGCGGAAUCGAGAGAGACGGGCGCAGAGGAGAUAUUGAAAGAGUUUAGUGACGACGAGAGGGCAACGCGGGAGCGAUCGGCGGCGGAGGAGGAAGCAGGUUUGGAGGUGGAAGAGGAGGAGGAGGACAGCUUUCUUGCGCACUGGUCGUGGGCGGGGUGGGUGCGCGACGUCGUCGAGCUGCGCUUCCUCGAAGAUGAGACCGCCCUCCGCCGCCCCAUGCCGCCUCUCCCGCCCAGAUACGCCGCGUCCGCUAGAGCGAGCGCGCGCGGGAUACUGGCGGGGGACGCGGGGUACGUGCGCGCGCUGGGGGAGGUGGCGCGGUGGUGGGCGGAGAGCUGGCGGGUUCAGCUGCAGUACGAGUACGACCCUGCUGACGUGGCACACUACUUCAACCGCCGCCCGCACAUCGUGCUGCUGCGCACGCUCAAGAUCUCGGUGCUUCUGGCAGCGACGUGGGUGCAGGUGGCUCGGGACACGGGCGCCAUAAGGGCGAGGGAGGCGGGGGGAGUGAGUGCGGGGGACGAGCGCAUCGCAGCCAUAAGGCAGCACAGCGCGCUCAAACUCAAGCGCACGCUGCUGCGCCUUGGCCCCACCUUCAUCAAAGUGGCGCAGUCGCUGUCAGCGCGGCCGGACGUGGUGGGGCCCGACACUGCCAAGGUGCUAGCAGAGCUGCAGGACCGUCUACCAGCGUUUCCCUCGGAGGACGCCAUGGCCAUGAUCGAGAGGGAGCUGGGUGGGCUGUGGUUCCUUCCUUCCUGCCACUCCGGUUCUCACAUGUUUGUGUUUGUGCCUAAACCCCCCUCCCUUCCCACCACGGUCCCACCUUCCCCACCAGGUAUUGGCGGAGCUACAGGACCGUCUGCCAGCGUUCCCCUCGGAGGAUGCCAUGGCCGUCAUCGAGAGGGAGCUGGGCCGCCCCGCUGCCACUCUCUUCCCGCUGCUCUCACCCACGCCCGUCGCUGCUGCCUCGUUCGGCCAGUACAUGCAAGGGAGUGUGAGUAUGCUCUCUCCCCUGCUCUCUCCCCUGCUCUCUCCCCUGCUCUCUCCCCUGCUCUCUCCCCUGCUCUCUCCCCUGCUCUCUCCCCUGCUCUCUCCCCUGCUCUCUCCCCUGCUCUCUCCCCUGCUCUCUCCCCUGCUCUCUCCCCUGCUCUCGCCCCUGCUCUCGCCCCUGCUCUCUCCCCUGCUCUCUCCCCUGCUCUCUCCCCUGCUCUCUCCCCUGCUCUCUCCCCUGCUCUCGCCCCUGCUCUCGCCCAUGCCCAUUGCUGCGUGCGUGAGUAUCACCUAUCCAACCACAUUUGCCUGCAUGUGUACAAGGGGCGCACGCGGGACGGCAUGCGAGUGGCGGUGAAGGUGCAGCGGCCCAGAGUGCUCUUCCUCGUCGCCAGAGACAUCCACAUCCUGCGCAUGCUGCUGCGGGCAGUGAGGCGGGUGGCGGGAAUGAACACGGACCUGGCAGCAUUGGCGGACGAGUUUGGGAGGGGGCUGUAUGGCGAGCUGGACUAUCGUCUAGAGGCCAACAACGCCACUCUCUUUGCUAAAGCCCACGCACACCUACCAGGGAUAACAGUGCCCGCCAUCCGCUCAGAUCUCACAUCGAGGCGGGUGCUGACGAUGGAGUGGGUGGAUGGCGAGCGCACGAGCGACCUGCUCGCCCAGGCUCAGGGCGUGCUGGGGGCCGCUGGUGGGGAGGAGGCACGGCAGCGCGCCAAGCAGAAGCUGCUGCGCAUGGUGGGCAUAGGCGUGGAGUCAUCGUUGGAGCAGCUGCUGGUGACGGGAGUGCUGCAUGCCGACCCACAUCCUGGAAAUUUGCUCCUCACGCCCCACGGCCAAGUCGCCUAUCUGGACUUUGGCCUGCUGUGUCGCAUGGAGCGGCAGCACCAGCAGGCCAUGCUGGCAGCGGUGGCGCAUCUGGUGAACGGCGAGUGGAGCAUGCUGGCAGCCGACCUCGCUGCCAUGGACGUGCUCAAGCCCACCACCGACCGCCGCGCCCUCACCAUGGCGUUGGAGGAGGCGUUUGGUCGCAGCCGACAGAGAGGAGCCGCUUCAGGAGGCGCCCCCACCAUGCAGUUCGGACAGGUGACGAGUGAGCUGUGGCGUAUGGCGCUGCGCUUCCGCUUCCGCCUGCCCCCCUACUACACCCUCGUGCUGCGCUCCCUUGCUUCCCUCGAAGGCAUCGGCGUGGCAGUGGACCCGUCCUUCCGGGUGUUCGCCUCAGCCUACCCCUACGUGGUUCGCCGUCUCCUCACUGACAGCUCGCCCUCGUCGCGCCACGUGCUGCGCCAGCUGGUGCAGACACGUGAGGGCAAGCUGCGCUGGGAGCGAUUCGCCUCCUUCGCUGCCAGCUCCACACAAGCCCAGCGCGACCUGGUGGCAUCACUGGCCAUGCCAUCGCUGCAAUCCCCCAUCCCCGGCAUGCCCCCCAUGCCCGGUGCCUCCCCCCUCUCCGCCUCCUCUGCCGCCACUGCUGGCGCCGCCUCUCCCCGCGCCACGCCCAGCCCUGCCGCGCUGGUGAUGGACGUGCUGCUCUCCCGACACGCUGCCAGCGCACGCCGAGUCAUCCUGGAGUCG